AUGUUCGCCACUUCCGCUCGCCGCGCUGCGGCCCAGACUUCCGCCUUCGCUCCCAAGUACACCAUCCCCCGUCACUACGGUGGCUACACCCUGGGCACCGCCAUCAAGACCGGUACCCUUCUCGGUAGCUUCGGUGUCGCCAUUGGCACUGGUGCCCUCUUUAUCUUCGGCGAGGUCCCCCGUGUGCGCAACGACAUCCUCCGCCAGCUUCCCUUCUUCGACACCUACUACGACCGCACUAUCCCCGCCGAGGACAACCCCUUCUAA